AAGAGGGAAAAAAAAUUAUGACCUCAACCAGCCACUAGCAUUCCGGUUUUUCGUCUCUUGUUCGCUUGAAUUUUAUUUUUGUUUUCUUACAUCAGGUGAACUCUAGAAAAGAAAAAGAAAAGCCUACAGUUUUUCACUGUCUCUCUGCCGAGGCAAACAAAACAAAAAAAGGUCCAAUGAGAAUUGAUGGGCGGGGUUGGGAAGCAUUCGUAUUCACCUGUAUCUAGAACACCGACUGCAGCUACACAGCACUUCGUUUACCACCUCCCAUUGCAUGUCGUUUUGCAGGAUUUCGUGUCGACGAAAUCUUGCCGAACAGGUUUUGUGCAUACACAAGUGGUAUAGGACGUAUCUCGCCAGUCUUUCUGACACUUUAUUUUACGACACUAGUGCUCAAUAGCGCAACAGUCGCUCAAGAACAGUGGACCAGGCCGUUGACGAUGGUCAGUUUCAAGUAGGACUCGGUGUUUUAUAAAUAGGUGUUUUCUGUGGUAGUCUCGUUCCAUUCACCUGGCCUUCUCUUCAAGCUCGCCUGUUUUGAGCCUUUAGGCAUUGAUUGAAAGAUACGCUUUCUCGGCCAUCACGAGAACCGAGUCGCUCGAUGGCCUCAUCACUUCUUUUAAAAGUUUGUGUUUUUUCGGCACUAACUUGCGUGUCUCGGAUAACCUUCACUUGCGCAAGUUUUACGUCUUCUACAUCCAGUCUCCAAUCAAUGGAUUUUGGCACCAAUGCUACCAAAGGACUUUUAUCGGAAGGCGGUGACGGUAAAGGAAUUCUUCUAAGAAAUUCGACGAGCGAAACCAACACAACGAACAAUGCAGACAGAAAGCCGCAUCGCAGAAUUAUCGACCCACUGCCACAGACUAGGAAAAGAAGCAUGAAAUCUUUGGUUUCCCCAGAAUUUACCAUGGACAAAUUCAUCAUGUUCAUGACAGCUUCCAGUAAUCUCAUGAACUCGAAUACCAAAUACCCAAGACUAGACAAAUUGAUGAAAUCGUUCAGCCGUCUCUACAACUCAGACGGCAUGACUGCCGUCAAUAAUUUUUGGAAUAUGUGGGUCAAUGUCUGGACAGUCAUUGAUGCAGUGGCAAACAUUUUCCGCGCGUAUGAAACACGUAUAUUGAAUACAAUAGAUGAAAAUCAGCCACAGCCACCGAAUCCUUUGGAAGAUUUACAACAAUCCUUAGACGAUGCCAGCAACAACAUUGCCGUGGUGUCUGAUCUCUUUCAACAGUUGGCACGUAUGGGUGAAUUUGAAGACGGCUCUGCUGAACAACAAGGUGAUGAUCGUGAAUUGAAUGUGAUGCAAACGGUUAAACAAAGGUUGCUUCAUGAUGCGCCGCAAGACAAACAAGAUAAUGGUGAUGAAGGUCAGGGCACAGACGAAGAUCACAAAGAUUAUGGAAAAGAAGAGAAAAUUCAUUCCCUGCGACAACGUAUUAACAGUCGACAUGCAAAAGCGCAACGUUUAGCCGACGAAAAAAUUCGCCACUUUUAUUAUCCAGCUGGGUAUAGCAGUAAUUCCGGUGACAACCAAGAGGGUCGCCGUACACCAGCCGAUGCAAGUGAUUUUUCGAAUCCCGUUACACGUACUCGACGAACCAAGCAAUUCGCUGUCGACACCAAAUACCUUAAAAGAAAAUUCAAACUGAAAUCGCUUAUCAGCGAGUCAAACUUUGAAGCAAUCAGCAAACGUUCCAUAAAUAUUGUAUCGGAUCGCACUAAGAAGCACGUAAAACGCAGCGCUAACAGAAGAAAACGCUCUAAUUUGCGAUUCAAUUUCGGCGUGGAUAAAUUUAUUUAUUUCAUGGCCAAGGCAAACAACGUCUUAAAUUCAAAUACCAACAACGUUCAACUAAAUAGGUUCACAAGGGCGUUUAACGAUCUUUUCGAUUCAGAUGGUUUGAAUGCCUUCAAUACGUUUUAUACUUUAUUGGCAAGCUUUUGGACCAUCGUCGAUGCUGUUGCGAACGUAUUUCGCUUUAACGAAGCUCGUAUUAGAGACCAAAUCCAGCAGCAACAGGCAGAAGCUCAACCCGAUCCGCUCGGGGAUCUGCAAGCGGAGUUGGAUGACACGAAUACAAAUCUCUCUGAAGUUGCUGACUUGGUCAGUGCUUUACAAAACGGCGCUGCUGCUAGAGUUGAAAGUGCAAAUGCAAAAUCUGAUAACGCUGUUGGUCCUCAUCAUGUGCAGCAUGAGAAGAAAGACCACAGUAAGCCAAGCCACGAAGGCGAUAACCAUCGCGUUCAUGCAAAUCCAUCAGCACAGCAGGCAAAUCCCAGCUAUCAAGGAAGCUAUAAAAGCCACCCCACAAAGACUCCAGAAAGCGUCACCUUUUCACCUAUUACUACAAAGUCUUAUGGCCACUUUGCAAGUGACAGUUGGAUACCUAUUACUGAGAGUUCCCAACCGUCAAUCGAAACGAAUAGAAAUUUUUACUUUCCAGUAAGUUAUGGCACCACCAACAACCAGUUCAGCAGCCGUCAACAUAACGCUCAAUCGUUUUCUAUGAUGAAUCAUCAAUACAAUCCAGUAGUCACCGGCACAAGCAGCUCUGACAUUAAACACCGGGUUAACCAUCAAUACAGCGGCUCCGCAAGUCGUCAACCUAUAGACAAUAGUGCUAAUGCUACUCCAAGGGGCUCCAGCAAUCGUCAAUCUUCUUACGAGACUCGUCGCCAUGUUAACAUCGAAAGCAACUACCAUACGCACAGUACUCGAACUGGGCGUCGUACGAAUGUCAGUCAGGGGUAUGGGGAAACAAGUGCCAUUGCCCAGUCGUCCAAUAAUUAAAGUUUCGUAGUGUAUGGUUAGAAAAGUACCCACUGAGUAUUGCAUGAAAAGGACAUCCAUCAGUAACGGCAAAAGAUGAUGACUCUUUCUCACGGUUACUUCAAAAAGUCUCCCUAUUUUUGAUGAUUCCUAAAUUGAAGUUGAUUGUGAUUUUGUUUGAUAAUGUUUUGCAGUCCUAUUGCAUAUAUAGUGCUUGAUCGUUUAGAUCGCCAAAUUGAACCCAGUGCCCUAUAGAAGUUUCUUUGUUGAGUAUUU